AUGCGAAGCACCGCUGAAGAGAUGGAGAGGCUUCAACUCUCAGAUGAAGAUACUGAAGAUCUUUGGAACUCUCCCUCGAAGAGAACGACUCAUAAAAAAAUCACAAAUAGACCGACAGAUGAGAGUCCAGCUCCAGAACCGCGACAGUCUGAUGAUGACGGAGAUACCCUGUUUGCUCGACAGGAGGCACGAGAGGAUGCAUUACACCAAGAGCUGCAAACUGUGCGGAAAAUAAAUGAGGUCAUUGAAGGACUGCUGAGCAGCAUUGACAGUGCCAAAGGCAACAUGGAGACCGUAUCCCAAACAGUUACAUCGGCAUCGACACUCUUGAAUACAUGGACUCGAAUUCUCUCUCAAACCGAACACAACCAGCGCCUGAUUCUAAACCCUGAAUGGAAGGGCGCCACUCAAGAUGUCGCAGAUAUGGAGCAGGAAACAAUUCAGAAACAACAAGCAGCCGAACGGAGGGAACAAGCAAUUCGGCAGCAGAGAGAAGCUGCCGCUCGGAAAGCCGAAGAGGAAGAAAGACGGCGUGCUGUGAGUACCAGGGGCACUCGCGGAUCCAGUCGAGGUACAGUUCGCAGCACUGGUCUUGGGCGAACACCCAGUGACCAGUCGCCAGAGACCGAGCGGGCAUUUUCUCCUCCUUAUCCAGACAUCCAUGUCAGGUCCCCCAACUUUCGGUCACCUCGGGUAUCAACCGACCUCCCAUCUCCGAGCAACUUCAUCAGCCGUGCCAACACUACCAACACUGGAUUUGGACGGGAUAUCGAGGGUGGUCACUUAAGUUUUGGAACAUUUGAGACGAGCCUCCCUAUCCGCAUGGACGUCGAGGCCAUGUUGGCGUAUUUGCUUCUGCCUCCUGCCGGGGGAGUCUUGCUAUUGUUGUUUGAGCACAAGAGCGAUUACGUGCGAUUCCAUGCCUGGCAGUCCAGCAUGCUUUUUACCGUCAUCUUUGUUCUCCAUCUCAUUCUAUGCUGGUCCUCUUUACUUUCCUGGACUCUCUUCCUGGUUGACCUUCUUCUAAUUGGCUUCCUCGCAAUGAGGGCAUACAAAGAUGUCGACACUCUUGACCACUUCGAAGUUCCCUACAUUGGCAAUUUGGCCAACUCUUUUGUUGAUAACGAAUAA